GACGGAGCGACCGCUUCAAGUUUGAUUUUUCCCCGAUUAUCUGCGCCUAAACGGCGUGUUUCCCUGCCACGGCCCACGGGAAUGUUUCCACGGAGCAGCUGCUCACGGCAGACCCCUGACGCAGAUGUUAUCUGUCGGAUAAGUUCGCUGUUGAACACGUCGCUCUAAGUUGGCUGAAAGCUGGAGAGGAAAAGGAGAACCGCAUCAAAUCAAAUGCCCUCUGAGGCUCAGGAGCCUCGGGACAGAGGACCGCCCCCUCCCGUCACCCGGGCUGGGGCCAAAGCCGCAGCCACAAGCUCCGCCCUUGAGAAGCGGCCCCGUGGGCGGCCCCGGAAAGAUGGGAGCAAUGGCCGCAAGGCGGCGCCGCCGCCUCCUCCUCCUCCUCCUCCUGCAUCCAGGAAGAAGGGGCGGAGCCGAGGAAGAGCUCAGGUAGAGGAUGAAGAGAGCAAGGGCCCUCCAGAAAAGAACCGGGCCCAGAAGAAGUCAGAGUCCAAGGAACCCAAGGAGCCGGAGGAGGCGAAGCCCACGGGGCGCCGGCGCUCCACCUCCAGGGGAAAGUCCCACAUGGUCCCAGACCCGGGGCCUGAGUUCAGUCCCUGUCCGGAACCAGACCGUGAGCGCAGCUCAGAAGUAGCACCCGUUUCCCAGGAGGAAAGCAAAACCGGUCCGGCUCCUGCUGCGCCGAUCCCAGAGACGGUCCCGGAGGAGGGUCCUCCGGUCCGCCCCCCUUACCCAGACUGCAGACCAGAUCCGGAACCAGGAGAAGACACCCAGCCCAGUUUGAGCAACAGCCCCGCCCCCCUGGAAGGCGGCUGUGGUCCCGGUACCACGGAGCCUGAGGAGGGUCGCGGUGUCGGUGGUAUGGAGCAGAACCCGGCGCCGAGUCCUCGCUGCGCUUCUCCAGCGUCCCUGUGCCUGCAGCUGGAGGACGAGGAUGAGGACUCCCUGUCCCCCCUGUUCCAGCACUCCCCGUCAGACGAGGCGGGGGGCUCGCCCACCCCCAGCCUCGCACUCACCAAGAAACGGCUGAAGCAGUGUGCCUUCUGUUAUCGCGGCGACCAGCCACCGCUGGGCCAGGGCCGGCUGGUGGUAUUCGGCCCGACGCCAGGCUACAUACCCCUCCACAUCCUGAACCGCCGCGCCUCCUCCGACCGAGACGACGACUGCCACGACCACUGCUACCGCGGCGACCCGGCCCCGGCCAAGUGCAGCAGUCCGGCGCAGUGUGAAGACGAGUCUUCCUCAGAGUUCAUGAAGCAGCUGGGACCCAUCGGCCUUCCACACGACAUCAACGUCCAGUCACUGUUCGACCCCACAGGUCAGUGCUGUGCUCACCUGCAGUGUGCCGCCUGGUCAGAAGGCGUAAGGCAGGGCGAUGGCCAGUCCCUGCUCUACGUGGACAAAGCCAUCGACUUGGGGAGCACUCAGGUGUGUGGGUUCUGCAGACGCCUCGGCGCCUCCCUGCGCUGCCAGUACACCAGAUGCGGGCGGCGGUACCACUUUCCGUGCGCGGCGGCCGCCGGCGCUCACCAGGACUGGACCCAGAGACUCACGCUGUGCAGCAGACACGCCCCCGCAGACUCGUCGCGCUGCGUGCUGUGCUCGGGCGGCGCCGGGCCCGGCGGCCUGCUGAUGUGCUGUUGCUGUGGUAACUGUUACCACGGCAGCUGCCUGGACCCGGCUCGGAGCCCCUCCCCUCUGCGACGGGCCGGAUGGCAGUGUCCCGACUGCAGAGUGUGUCACGGCUGCAGGUCACGGGCUGAUGAAGCUGUGCUGCUGGUGUGUAAACGCUGUGAUAAAGCUUACCACACACACUGCCUCACACCUCCUCUGGACCACACCCCGAGUAAAAGUUGGACCUGCAAGAACUGCAGAGUCUGUCGCCGAUGUGGUGUGACAUCCUCGGGUCAGUGGGCUAAUCAUCAAUUUCUCUGUGAAUCAUGUGACCCUGGCCUGCCCUGCCCGCUCUGCGACCGUUCUCUUGACCUCUUUUCACCGCAGGAGAAUCUGACCUGCAGCAGUUGUUACAGGCCCCUGGAGGAGCCGUUAGUCUUACACAGUCCUAUCCCAGUCCCACCUACUGAAACUUCCCUGUCACUAAGUCAACUUCAUACAGAGAUUCCACCCCCCAGUCGUCCUGCUCAUAGUCCAGUCCAGCUCUUCUGUUCAGAGACACCACAAAGUCCUACCAGGAAAGCCUCUCAGCCAUCACUGCACAAUUUGUCAACGCCUCUGCCUGACUUAUCAGAACAAAGUCUUAAACCAUCUUCUAGAGACCAUCAAAGACUCUCUUCAGCUGUAGAAAGGCUAAGUAUGCCUGGACCAUGUAACAAAGACCUCCAACUGACUCCUCCACAGUCUCCAUCUUCCCUGAAGGACAGCCAAGCACCACCAGAUGAAGUACUUGAAAGAAAGCAAUCAUCUCCUAUAGAGCUGCAAACAAGUCCAACACCAUCCACCAAAGAACCCCAUCAGUGUCUCGUACUGUCACCAGAGCACAUUCAUUUAAAUUCUUCACUGAGUUCCGCAAAAUAUGAUCAGUUACCAUCUCCCUCAUUCGAUCAGUGCCUAGAGCAAUCUGCAAACAAAACCCAGCAGAGUCCUGCAGCGCCUUCAGUGGAGACCCAUCAGAGUCCCACAACAGCCCCCCCAGGGGACUCGCAUCAGAGUCCUGCAACGCCUCCAGCAGAGACCCACCAGAGUCCUGCAACUGCCCCUUUAGAAUUGCCACAUUCGUGUCCUGCAAUAGUACCUCAGGAGGAGUCUUAUCAGAGUCCUGCAACUUCCCCUCCGGAGGAGUCUCAUCAGAGUUCUGCAACAGCCCCCCCAGGGGACUCGCAUCAGAGUCCUGCAACGCCUCCAGCAGAGACCCACCAGAGUCCUGCAACUGCCCCUCCAGAGGAGGCCCCAUCAGAGUCGCCGCCUCCGUCCUCCGCAAAGGCCUCUCCGGAGGAGUCUCAUCAGAGUCCUGCAAGUGACCCCCCAGAGGAGUCGCAUCGGAGUCCAGCAACGGCCCCCCCAGAGUCGCCACAUCAGAGUCCUGCAACACUUUCAGUGGAGACCCAUCAGAGUCCCCCAACUGCCCCCCCAGGGGACUCGCAUCAGAGUCCUGCAACGCCUCCAGCAGAGACCCACCAGAGUCCUGCAACUGCCCCUCCAGAGGAGGCCCCAUCAGAGUCGCCGCCUCCGUCCUCCGCAAAGGCCUCUCCGGAGGAGUCUCAUCAGAGUCCUGCAAGUGACCCCACAGAGGAGUCGCAUCGGAGUCCAGCAACGGCUUCUCCAGAGGAGGCCCCAUCAGAGUCGCUGCAUCCGUGUUCCGCAACGGCCUCUCCGGAGGAGUCUCAUCAGAGUCCUGCAAGUGACCCCCCAGAGGAGUCGUAUCGGAGUCCAGCAACGUCGCCUCCAGAGGAGUCUCAUCGGAGUCCAGCAACGCCGCCUCUAGAGGAGGCCCCAGCAGAGUUGAUGCAUUCGAGCCCCGCAAUGGUACCUCAGGAGGAGUUUCAUCAGAGUCCUGCAAGUGCCCCCCCAGAGGAGUCGCAUCAGAGUCCAGCAAUGCCGCCUCCAGAGGAGGCCCCAUCAGAGUCGCCGCCUCCGUGUUCCGCAACAGCCUCUCCGGAGGAGUCUCAUCAGAGGCCUGCAAGUGCCCCCCCAGAGGAGUCGCAUCGGAGUCCAGCAACGCCGCCUCCAGAGGAGGCCCCAGCAGAGUUGCUGCAUCCGAGUCCCGCAAUGGUACCUCAGGAGGAGUUUCAUCAGAGUCCUGCAACGCCUUCAGCAGAGACUCACCAGAGUCCUACAAGUGCCCCCCCAGAGGAGUCGCAUCGGAGUCCAGCAAUGCCGCCUCCAGAGGAGGCCCCACCCAAGUUGCCCCCUCUGUGUUCUGCAACGGCCUCUGUAGAAGAGUCUCCACAGAGUACUGCAAUGUCCCCACCAGAGUUUCCGCAUCAGAGUCCUUCAAUGGUACCUCAGGAGUCGCCGCAUCCGAGUCCCGCAACGGGCCCUCCAAAGGAGUCUCAGAGUCCUGCAACACCUUCAGCAGAGACCCAUCAGAGUCCUGCAAUGUCCCCACCGGAAUCGCUUAAUCCGAGUCCCGCUACAGUACCUCAGGAGGAGUUGCAUCCACGUCCCGGAACGGCGUCUUCAGAGGAGUUUCAUCAGAGUCCUGCAACAGCCGCUCUAGAGUUGCUGCACCCGAGUCCCUCAACGGCCGUUCUAGAGUCGCCGCAUCCGAGUCCCUCAACGGCUGCUCCAGAGUCGCUGCAUCUGAGUCUUGCAACGGCCGCUCCAGAGUCGCCGCUUCAGAGUCCCGCAACGGCCACUCCAGAGUCGGCGCAACCGAGUCCCGCAACGGCCGCUCUAGAGUCGGUGUAUCCGAGUCCCGCAGCGACCGCUCCAGAGUCGCCACAUCCGAGUCCCGCAACGGCCGCUCCAGAGUCGCCACAUCCGAGUCCCGCAGCGGGUGCUCCAGAGUUGUCGCAUCCGAGUCCCUCAGCGACCGUUCUAGAGUCACAGCAUCCGAGUCCCGCAACGGCCGCUCCAGAGUCCCCGCAUCCAAGUCCCGCAACGGCCGCUCCCGAGUCCCCACAUCCGAGUCCCUCAACGGCCGCUCCAGAGUCCCCGCAUCCGAGUCUUGCAACGGCCGCUCCUGAGUCCCCGCAUCCAAGUCCCGCAACGGCCGCUCCCGAGUCCCCACAUCCGAGUCCCUCAACGGCCGCUCCAGAGUCCCCACAUCCGAGUCUUGCAACGGCCGCUCCAGAGUCGCCACAUCCGAGUCCCGCAGCGACCGUUCUAGAGUCACAGCAUCCGAGUCCCGCAACGGCCGCUCCAGAGUCCCCACAUCAAAGUCCCUCAACGGCCGCUCCAGAGUCCCCGCAUCCGAGUCUUGCAACGGCCGCUCCAGAGUCCCCGCAUCCAAGUCCCGCAACGGCCGUACCCGAGUCGCCACACCUGAUUCCCUCAGCGACCGUUCUAGAGUCACAGCAUCCGAGUCCCGCAACGGCCGCUCCAGAGUCCCCGCAUCCGAGUCCCUCAACGGCCGCUCCCAAGUCCCCGCAUCAAAGUCCCUCAACGGCCGCUCCCGAGUCCCCGCAUCAAAGUCCCUCAACGGCCGCUCCCGAGUCCCCGCAUCCGAGUCCCUCAACAGCCGCUCCCGAGUCCCCACAUCCGAGUCUUGCCACGGCCGCUCCCGAGUCCCCGCAUCCGAGUCUUGCGACGGCCGCUCCCGAGUCCCCGCAUCCGAGUCUUGCAACGGCCCCUCCAGAGUCCCCGCAUCAGAGUCUUGCAACGGCCGCUCCAGAGUCCCCGCAUCCGAGUCUUGCAACGGCCGCUCCAGAGUCCCCGCAUCCGAGUCUUGCAACGGCCGCUCCAGAGUCCCCGCAUCCAAGUCCCGCAACGGCCGUACCCGAGUCCCCGCAUCCGAGUCCCUCAACGGCCGCUCCAGAGUCCCCGCAUCCGAGUCCCUCAGCCAUCGCUUCAGAGUCACCGCUUCCGAGUCCCGCUACGGCGGCUCCAGAGGGGUCACAUCAAAUGUCUAUACAAUCUCCAGAGGAGUACCAUCAAGAUCAUUCAUCCAUUACAGAGACCAAUAAAAAUCAUAUACCGCCUCUGGAGGAGAGCAACAAUAUAGUUAAAAACCACCUUUCAGAGACCCUUCUUCAGAGUCCGACAGCAUCUCAAGAAGAGACGUAUCAUAGUCCUGCAGCACCUACUGAUGAGUUCCCUCAGAUUUCCAUGGAACUUCCUAAGAAAUAUCCUCAAAUUCCUACACCAAAUCCAGAGGAGAGCCACCAAAAAUGCUUAUCCCUUAAAAAGGAUCCCCACAAAAAUGAUUCUCCCUGUCUGGAGAAGACCUGUAAAAGUUCUUCACCGCUACCAUCAAAGACUCAUCAAACAGUGUCACAGUCUUUGGAUCAGCUUAAUAGUCAGAUUGAAACCGUUUCUUCCAAUAAUAAUCCGGCACAAUCUUUAAAAGAGACCCUUCAAAGUUUUUCUUCCUGUGAUGCUUCUGAUGACAGUCCUAGAUUAAGCCCCUUAAAUCUCCAAGAGAUGACAGCUUUGUCGCCCAAAGUGAUCCAUCAAAGUGCUUUGCCUCGUCCUGCUGAACCAAAGAAUCUCCAUCAAUGUUCUACCCAAUCUAACUUUAGUACUGGAGAUGACCAGGACAGGCUCAGGCUGCCUGAGCCUGGUCAUGCAAAGUAUUCAUCAAGCUUUACAUCAUCUCACCAUGCUCUCACCGGACUGCUGGUCACUUCUUCAUCACCCAAAUCAGUAAACCAGGAAAGUCCCACAUCGCACAGACUUAAACCUGAAAGUCUUGCUCAAAAUCAGUUGGGCCCAACAGAAGUUGAAUUUGGUCCAGUGUCAACUCGUCCUUGUCUCGGUGAGCAGCACAGUAGUCUUAGCGUACAGAACUUCACAGAGGGUCAACAGAGUUCAGGACAGGAUGAUCAACCUCUGCAAAGACAUCCGGCACACAGUCCUGACCUAUGUAGUCCAUUACAAGCUAGCUCAGCUUGUAUUGUGAGUCCCACACAGGAAGCAGAAGCAAUGCUGGACCAGCCAACCUCUGGAGCAGACCCUCCACAGAACAUCUUCACUGUGGACCCUGAAGCCCCUUCGGUCUACUGUUCAUCGACCAUUAACGCACCCAGGUCCUGUUCAGCCCCAUGCAGCCCUAAUCCUCUCCUUGGAGAACCUAGACUCCAGAGUCUUUCACAACCUGCAAGUCCAGUUCAGCCCCAGAAUAACCAGGCUGCCAGGAGUUUAAUGUUCCCAAUGGAGAAAAGUCUUGACUCUCUCUUGACAUUGGGACGUAGCUCAGCAAAUCUCAUCUCCACCUCUGACCCCCCCUCUUCUGGGAGUAAUUCUGUCCACCCCAGCCUGCCUCAUGCUCGAAAGACACCAGAAAGCCUUGAUAACAGUAGCACUUCACCUGAACACAGUAGCCUAACAUUCUCACCUUGUGUGCAGGACACAAAGGUAAACCGGAGUCCUAACAGAAAUCCAUCACCAUGCCCUGACGCUGCACCAGCGCCUGUAAACCCUGCCUUCUGUCUCAAAACCUGCGAGAGCCCUUUGCCAACAGAGACCCUCUCCACACCACAGACAGCCUGUUCCCCCACACAACCAGACAGCCCAAAGUCACAGCCUGUUAGAUCCAUGAUGGAACCAGAACAGCCUCAACCUGCCCACACCAUUUCUGGUCAGGAUAAGGAUGUGGAGGUCCACCCUGACCGAUUGGUCCAAACGGAGAACCUAAUGGACUCGGAUCGUAGUUCGUCACAGACUGACAUUAGUCCCACAUAUGUCCAUAGUUCUAGCAGCACAUUUUGUCCCCAUACUGGUUCAGUUAUUAGCUUUGUUACCGCGAGUCUGACUAGUAUCCCCUCAGGUGGUGACAGUUCACCAUGGGCUAGUCAUGUUGGUCAAGCUAGUCCUGUUGAUGUAGUCCAAACAGAGACUCCCAGCCCUGCUAGCCCACCUCACAGUCCAGCUGGGGAUGAGAAGAUGCAGCACAGGACCACACCCAACACUAAAAUGACUACCAGGCUUCCUCAAGCCCCACUGACCUCGGCUUCUAACUCCGAAACAGCCCUAGGGCUCAGUAUGGUCCACGGCGCUGUUGAUACCACUAAAGCUCUGCUGGAUUCUAGUGCUGACCACGCUGCAAACGUUGAUGUGGAAAUGUGCACAGGACCAGGAAACUCACCUGCUGCAGAUCCCAUCCCAGCUCGUCCUGAACACUGGGCACAGAGUCCUGAUAGCCCUGCUCAGUCGACUCCAAACUCUUCCAGCCCUCUUUAUUCAGACACUGCAGUGCGUAGCUCUGUCAUCACCAGAGAUUCACCCGCCAGCCCUUCAGGCCCUGCUCCCUCAGAGCUGAUCCCUCCUCCUACAGUCUUUACCUCAACGUUUCAAGCUGGACUCACCUCUGUUAGCAGCCCAGGGAAACGGUCUGUCAUUGGAACUGUGGAUUCAGAGAGUCAUCAGUCUAGUCCCACACCCGGCCCCGUUGGCCACCUGAAGCCAAGUCCUAACACUGGUGCCACUAGUCCCUUGCUUCCAGAGCCCAGUCCCGAUGCUGGUGUUGGUUGUGCUGGUUCAGCGUCUGAGGAGGCCGGUUCUGCUGUGGUCCCAGUUAGCCCUGUUCCUGACUGCCUGAGCCCGUCUGAAAUCAGGCUUAGUCCUGGUCUCUCUGGGCCUGUAAGGUCUGCUUCUGGAGCUGGCCAGCAGACUGUGAUGGCCUGUGCAUUCACUGGAGCAGAGCAGAGAAAGACUUGGGAGGAGCAAGGAGAACCCCCUCAGGCUGUGCUGAAGAGUCCAGAAGAUGUCAAGCCUUCUGGGAAGACUGAGGGAGGAGCAGACAAGGAGGAGGAGUGUCAGCGCAGAUUGGUUCCAGUCUGUCCUCCUUCAGAUGUCCAACUGAUAGAACCCUCUGGGUCCACUGCCUCCCCAGUUCCUUCGGCAACCUGCCCCUCCACCUCAUCUCCUCCUGAACCUGGCUUCCUGGCGGUGCCCCUGUCCUCCUCUCCUGGCAGGACCUCUUUACCAGUCUGUUCUCAGUCCAUGCCCCCUAAAGAAGACUGCCCCCGUGAAGCUGAGUGGGGGAAAGUGGAGGAAGAGGGGGAUGAGAACAGUCCAUCCCAAAGACAGAGUGACGUUGUUGCCACAGUGACUGAACCAACCAAAAGAUCUUUACAAUCUCACGGUGAGACUUCAGACAAGCAGACCAUGGGGACAACAGGUAGACAACAGAUGCAAGAAGAAGAGGAGGUGAGGCCAGUCAAGGAGUACCAACUAAAAGUGGAGGGGGAAACCUUACUCAGCCCCGUUCUGGACCUCAAUCCAUCCUUGGACAUGGAGGUGAUGGAGUUGAUGACCUCUGCUGCUCCCACCACUAUGCAACUUCUGUCCUCGUCCAGCCCUACCUCCUUUACCCGCAGAGGAAAGGGGCGGAGCCUCAGGCCUCCCCCCUGCUCCCCCCGUCCCUCGGACGACCUCUCCAUCCGCCUGAGGCAGUCUCCCUUUUCCACCGAGGCUUCCCCUGAGACCUCGCCGGCCAGAACUCCAGUCACACCUCCUCCUCUUACCCCACCCUCUCCUCCCUCUUCCAGAGAGUCUCCUCCUUUUUCUCAGGCUGCACCCACCAUUGUGUUUCCUUACACUCCGAAGAUUGGCAUGGGAAAACCAGCCAUCUCCAAGAGGAAGUUCUCUCCUGGGAGGGCGCGGUCCAAACAGCGGAAAGCCAGCAGGAAACAGUCGGCCUGCAGAGAGGUGUUCUCUCUCGGCACGGGUUCGUGGUGGAGCAGUCGGAGGGCGCCGAGCCCUCCCUCAUCCUCCCAGGAUUCCAUUGGGGAGGGAGAUUGGAGUAGUCCUAAACCCCAUCCACCAGACUCUCCCCUCUGGAGCAUAAAAGUGGGUCGGGGUUCUGGGUUUCCUGGCAGAAGGAGGUCCAGAGGUGGAGGUGUCGGUGGAGGAAGAGGAGGGAGAGGAAGGAGUCGGCCAAAGUCCCAGGACAGUGUGGCUGUGGCGCCCGGGGCCGGCUACACGGAGCCUCCUCAGGCGAAGGAGGAGGAGGAGAACUCCAUGCACAACACGGUGGUGAUGUUCUCCACCUCGGACCACUUCACCCUCAAACAGGACAUGUGCGUGGUGUGCGGCAGCUUCGGUCAGGGAGCCGAGGGACGACUGCUGGCCUGUUCCCAGUGCGGCCAGUGCUACCAUCCCUACUGCGUCAACGUCAAGAUUACCCGGGUGGUCCUGACCAAAGGCUGGCGCUGUCUGGAGUGCACGGUGUGCGAAGCGUGCGGCGACGCCUGCGACCCCGCCCGCCUGCUGCUGUGUGACGACUGUGACAUCAGCUACCACACCUACUGCCUGGACCCGCCCCUGCUCACCGUGCCCAAAGGCUCCUGGAAGUGCAAGUGGUGCGUGUGGUGUGUUGGGUGCGGCUCCACCUCGCCCGGCCUGCGAUGCGAUUGGCUGAAUAACUACAGCCUGUGCGGGCCGUGCAGCAGCCUCAGCCAGUGUCCCGUGUGCCAGCGGCGCUACGCUCAGGACGAGCUCAUCCUGCAGUGCGCUCAGUGCGACAGGUGGUCCCACGGCGCCUGCCAGGGUCUGACCUCGGAGGAAGAGGUGGUGCUGGCUGCCGACGAAGGCUUGGACUGCUCGCUGUGCAGAACGCACGGCCGCGCCUCCUCCGGGACGGCUGACCCUCUGGGGCCCUUCACCGCUCACAUGGUCUCCAGAACCAGGGAACCGGACAUAAAGACCUACACUCAGGACGGCGUCUGCCUCACAGAGUCCGGUCUGACCCACCUGCAGUCCCUGGUUGAGCCGCUGACGUCGCCGCGCAAAUACCGCAGGCCUAAACCCAAACUCAAGCUGAGGAUCAUCAAUCAGAACAGCGUCUCCGUCCUGCAGACGCCUCCAGACCCAGAAACGCCCACAAGACUGGUCCAGAACCCAGGGGACUUGGACUGUGACCUGAAGUCUGACUCCAGCCCAGAGCGAGACGCCGUUCCUCUUGAUGACAUCACAAAGGAGGCCGACGACAAGAAGAGGAAGAGGAAACCUUACAGGCCAGGUAUUGGGGGCUUCAUGGUGCGACAGCGAGGAGGUAAAGCUGGAUCAGGAAGGAAGGACUCGAUGGAGAUGAUCCCAAGUCAACAUCCAGGUGAGUCAGGUGUGGCGGAGACCGAGUUUGCCUUGGAGACGAUGUCUGCUGCUGACCAGGCGAUGGAGAAAGUGAAAAAAAGAUACCGGAAGAAGAAGACAAAGCUGGAGGAGGCAUUCCCUUCGUACCUGCAGGAGGCUUUCUUCGGCCGGGACCUCCUUGACCGCGGUCGACAGAUGGACAGGAGGGCACAGACGAUGACCUCUGGCAGCAGCCAAUCAGAAUCAGCAGUGAGUGACACUAAAGGCUCCGCCCACAAAGUACCAGGCUCCGCCUCCUCUGUGCAGCCUUUGGUCACCGUGACGACCAGCAGGAAGGAGGCAGUGCUGCCCAUGUCUUCAGAAGCUCUGGUGGAUCUUUCUGACGUCCUGAAUCGAGAGCCUCACAUUCUGGAGACGGGAACCCCAGGUCAGUUCCAGGUGGAGCGCUCUCCGUCUCCCUUCGCCGGCCUGGACAUCAUGGGCUCGGUGGCCGGCGACCCCCCUGAGGGCUGUGGGCGUGGUCAGCGGCUGGUGCAGGAGGAGCCUCUGGACGCCAUCCUGAGUCCUGAGCUGGACAAGAUGGUCACAGACGGAGGCAUUCUCAGCAGACUCUACAAGAUCCCAGAACUGGAGGGCAAGGAUGUGGAGGAGCUCUUCACUGCCGUUCUGAGUCCAGGCAGCAGCAAACAGCUGGAGCCCAGGAGGGCCAGCGGUUCAGCAGCUGCAGGGGGCCCUCGGCUGCCCGUGAUGAACGGCCUGAUGCCUGCCGCGCCUCCCCUCCCACCCGGCCUGCUCGGCUUCAGACCGCCUCCUUCAGAAGGCCCCGCCCCGCCGCCGGCCUCGGCCAAUCGGCCGCCGGCGGGGGAGGGCGAGCAGGAGGUGCCGUCGGCGGCUCAGAGGGGCACGCUGAAGUGGGAGAAGGAGGAGAGCCUGGGAGAGCAGGCAACCGUUGCUCCGGUUCUGUACUGCAACACCAACUUCCCCCAGCUGAAGCAGCAGUACCCCGACUGGACCAGCCGAGUGAAGCAGAUCACCAAGCUGUGGAGGAAGGCCAGCUCUCAGGACAGAGCGCCCUUCGUGCAAAAAGCUCGAGACAACCGGGCGGCUCAGCGAAUAAACAAGGUGCAGCUGUCCAACGACGCACUAAAGCGCCUGCAGCCGUCACAGCCGGCGCCGCAGCCGCUGGGGGUCUACGACCACGUGUCCCCAGAGGCCGAGGCGGGCUUCAAAGACCCGCUGAGGCCCAGGGAGUCUGAACAGGAGCAGGAGUGGAAGCUGAGACAGAUCAUGCGUCAGAAGAGCAAGCAGCUGGCCAAGAUGGAGGCCACCCAGAAGCUGGAGCAGGUGAAGAACGAGCAGCGUCAGCAGCAGCUCCGCCAGUCUGGACGCCUCUCCCCCGAAGGCCCCGCCCAUCUGCCGGUGGCCGGGGGCAACGCCUCGCCCCUGCAGCCUGGGGGGGGCCUGCACCUCGUGCAGGAGGGAAGCUCGGCGAUGGCCGAUGACAUCUUCCUCAAGCCUCAAGUCCCUCCUCCCUCUGGUUUCUCAUCCCUCCCUCACUCCCCCCUGGCCUCCUCCCCCCUGCACCAGCCUCCCUGCUCCCCCCAGAUGUUUACCCCUCCCUCCUCCCGCCCCUCCUCGCCAUGGGACCCCUACGGUAAAGCAGCAGGGACUCCUCGUCCCUCCGGCGCCCCCACACCUCAGCAUCAGCCGCGUCUGGGCUUCCCCGGCGUCUCCCCUGCACACGAUACCUCUGGCUCCCCUGCAGUGUCCCCUGAAUCCUCAAACCCAGGUCUGCAGCAGGCCCGGGCAGCCAUGAUGAGCCCAGCCUCUGGCUCCCCUCCUGACCCGUCUGUCAGACAAAUGCGAGCAGCCGAGUCCUUACAGAGGAUAAACCUGACAGUGCAGGGGGGGCUGUUCAAAGCCCCCAUGCCCCCCCAGCAGGAGCUGGCAGGAGGAGCAAGGAGAGACUUGAGCUUCCUGCCGACCCUGGAGCUUCCCUUCCCCUCCAGCCCCGUGUCAGCCCUGGGCUCCCCCCACCGCAGCCCCUACGCUCAGACCCCUGGCACCCCUCGACCAGAAUUUGGCCAGCAGCCGGCUGAGCCCCUCCCUCACCAGUCCCCUCUGAGUUCCCGGCCCUCCCCCGAUCCCUACAGAGACCCCCAGACCCCAGGUACGCCACUGGGCCAGUCCGACUCCUGCUACCGCGUCACCCCCCCCACCCUGAGACCGGACCAGAUCGGCCAGCCGCCCGGCGGCCGACACCCGUCGCCAUCCCACCUCCCCCUCGACUCCUGUGUUUCCAACCCGGGAACGCCCCGCCCCUCGGAGCGGUUCCCCCGCUCACCGGGACCUCAGCAAAGCGCCGACCCGUUCUCCCAGCCUGCAGGGACACUGCGGCCCUCCCCUGAGCUGUACCUGCAGCAGACCUCCACCCCCCGGCCACAGAAGGCCAUGCCAGAGAGCUUCGCCACUCAGCCUGCAGCGCCGGCUUCGUCCCCUCUGGGUCAGGGUCUGAUGCCUGAGGCGGGGACCUUCCACCCUGCAGGCGCCAAGCUGCAGCGGUCCCCAGGACACAAACACGACUCGUUCCCCAGACCCAGCAGCGGCCGGACCUCUGGGGUUCCUGAAGAGGGGACGUUCCACGCAGCGGGUCAGGGCGCCCUGGAGCCGGGUCACACGGCCCAGACGGACCAGUCCGGCGCCGGUGACGGAGCCGUGGGCACGUUGCCUCAGCUUGGAGGCUCUGAGGAGAAGGUGGCGCAGCGCCUGUGGCUCCGGCAGCGCCUCCUCCAGCAGCAGCACCAGAAGAUCGCCUUACGGCAGGAGAAGGGUCUGCUGGAACCCCCCGCUGCUGGAGCUGCUGCUCCGGGGACCUCUCUACACGCCUGGCCCCCGGAGGACAUCUGCUCGGCUCCUGCUGCAGACCCGUUCGGUCGUCCUCCCCCGCCCUACCCCGGCACUGGGAGACCCCCUGCCCCCGGGUUUGCUGGAGGCCUCGCUCCCGCUGAGGCUUUCCCCAGACAGAGUCUGCAUAGAGAUCACGGUGUGAGAGGACCCGCUGUCAGGUUGGGAGCUCCAGCAGGCCUUCAGGACCUCUCGCUGCGUCCAUCCCUGGGGGCUGCUCCUGGGCUCGGCUCGGCUCGGGGACACCUGGACCAGAUGAGGAGACCGAUGGCAGCGGAGUUCACAGGAAUCCGCUCCUUGAUGCCCCCCAACCCGGCCGCCCACAUGGUGCCAGGUGUCCCCCAGCUCGUCGUCCAGCGGCCCGCGCCCCCUCAGCAGCAUGCCGUCAUGCCCUACAUCGAGCUACGACACCGCGCCCCAGAGAACCGCCUGAGGCUGCCCUUUCCUCUGCCGGGCCCACAGGAAGCCACGGCAGUGCCCACCAGAGACCCCGGCCAGUCCGCGGCGACGCAGCAGCAGCCGGGGUUGGACCAGCAGCACAUGGGUGCCGGUGCCUCUGCGGUCCCUGGGUCUGUUGGGAUGGAGGAGCACCUGGAAGGAGAGGACUCGGCUGUGAAGGACCUGGAGGACGUGGAGGUGAAGGACCUGGUGGACUUGAACCUGAACCUGGACCCAGAGGAUGGCAAAGAAGACCUGGAUCUGGGGCCUAACGACCUGCAUCUGGAUGACUUCCUGCUGACUGGGAAGUUCGACCUCAUCGCCUACGCUGACCCAGAGCUCAACCUGGAGGACAAGAAAGACAUGUUCAACGAGGAGCUGGACCUAGGGGAGCCGGCGGAGGAGGGGGGCCGAGCCUCCAGGAAGACAGAUGGCCCCGCCCACCUUCUGGGCCAGGCGAAGCAGGAAGUGAAGGAAGCCCAGAGGACCGGUGGUCCCUCAUCACCACCGCUUCCUUUGGCUGCCAGCAGACCUCCAGGAACUCCCUCUGCUCUUCUUAUCAAGGAGAAGCUUGAGGCCUGUGGCUCGGUUUCGGGUCCUGCUCUAGCUGUCCAAGCCCAGGAGCAGGUCCUGUCCUCUGUUCACCGCCUCAUGUCUCCAGGUGAACCAGGUGUCUUCCAGCAGCACCAGGGGCCCCUUGAUUCCUCGCCAGUCCCCCAGUGUCCACUUCCUCCGGGUCAGACUCCUCAGGGUUCCCCCACCAAGACUCCUCUACCUCAACCACUUGUGAACCCCCAGAAGCAGCCUCCUCACACCACCAGUGAAGCCCAAAGUGUGAGCUUGGCCAGGUUUCCAGAGAACCUGGUCCCAGCGCAGAACCAGAACAAGUCCAGGCCGUUGCUGCUGGAAGAGCAGCCGCUGCUUCUGCAGGACCUGCUGGACCAGGAACGGCAGGAGCAGCAGCAGCAGAAACAGAUGCAGGCCCUGAUCCGCCACAGGUCUGGCCCAGAGGCUGGCUUCUCCAACGUGGAUUUUGAGUCCAUCUCGGACCCCAUCAUGAAGGCCAAGAUGCAGGCCCUGAAGGGUAUCAACAAGGUGAUGAGUCAGGGCAACCUGGGCCUGAACCCGGUGGUCAACAACAGAUUCCGGCAGACUUCAGGGGCCCCGGGGCCCGACUCCACUCCUCAGUCUCCUCACCCAGCAGGACAGGGCGGGGCGUUGAACCCUCAGUUGGUGCGUCGCAACCCCCCCAGCUUGGGCCCCGGCUUCAUCAAUGAGUCUCAACGACAGCAGUACGAGGAGUGGCUCGGGGAAACACAACAGCUCCUGCAGAUCAGCAACGACUCCUCGAGGACCAGAUUGCAGCUCAUCGCAAGGGCCAGAAAGUCUCUGUCGGCCAGCAGAGAACGGCCAAGAGGACCGAUCCGGAAGCAGCAGAAGGACCACACUGAGCUGAUUGAAGACUACAGGACCAAGCAGCAGAGGAUGCUGCAGAUGCCUUCCCAGAAUCCCCUGGGACAACCAACGCCCCCCUCCCAAACCCCACCCAGGCGGCCCCACCCUGGGCCCACCUGGCUGGACUCCUGGCUGUAG